GACACCGGGUCAGCCUCACUGAUAUUGCAGUCUCUGCGGGGUAGAUUUUAUUUUUCUAACCUCGCCUCGCAACGCUGCCAACACGUAUACUUUCUCAACAGGACUAUCAACUCGAUCAAUCCGGCGAAUAAUUCAGCUAUUGCUACAAUCUCCAUGGGUGCUCCAGUCACAGCUCCGUUUGGCCAAUGGAAGAGCCCGAUCAGCUCUACCUUGCUUGGUGCUGACGGUGUUCAGUUUGAAUCCAUCGCGACAUCAAAUGGAAAGGUUUAUGUCAUUGAGGGUCGACCCAAGGAGCAGGGACGAGGCUGCAUUGUCGAAUACUCUGGCCGUGAAGGACGCGAUAUCUUACCGGCCAAAUAUGAUGCUCGCACCAAAGUUCAUGAAUACGGCGGCGCGUCGAUGAUCGCUUUCAAUGGGCAGGUUGUCUUUACUGAUCGGGAGACACAGGAUCUGCACAGACUUGAUCCCUCCUCAGGUCAUGUUGAGCAGAUCACCAAGACAGACAUUGCUCUCCGUUAUGCGUGCACCUCCGCCAUAGGCUCUUUGUCGGAUGGCCAGGCAAAUUCGGGAUGGAUCUUGGCGAUCGAAGAGGACCACACCAAGCCAUUGCCGUCGGAAGUUCGGAAUCGGCUCGUCGCGGUGAACGUGCAAUCCAAAGAGAUUGUCAACAUCGCCUCCGGCGACGACUUCUACAACGCUGCUCAGUUUUCCCCGGAUGGCAGCAGGAUAUGUUGGACCCAGUGGUCUCAUCCAGAUAUGCCCUGGACAGGAGCCCGCCUGUAUGUGGCCAAGUGGAACAAUGGUCAGGUCACAGAUGUUCACCAUGUGUCUGGUGUGCCUAAGAAAGAAAGUGUUAGUCAGCCUCGAUGGGGCUUUGAUAACACAUUGUACUUCACAAGCGAUUGUUCGGGUUAUUACCAGCUCUAUCGGUCUCGCGUCGGCACUUUGGAAUGCCAACGGAUGCCUCUGCAUGGCCUGGAAGAAGUGGAAUUUUCGCAGCCAGACUGGCGUCUAGGAAACUGCACGUACGUGUGUUUGACUCCAACUUCAAUGAUCGCAUCGUACACAAAGAAUGCUCGAUGGAGCUUCAUACUGAUAGAUCUGUCGAACGACACCUGGCAAGACAUGAAUGUGCCGGUGACAGACACGAUUAUUUUGGCAGAUAAUCCCCUCUCAGACACAAAAAUAGCCCUUCUUGGUUCUAGUGAGACAAGCUUCAGCACCGUCUUUACAUUGGACAUUGCCGACACCGUCAAGGUCAAUGCACUCAAGGUAGCUUCCGAGCUCCCUAUGCCAAGUUCUCUUGUUUCCAAGCCAGAGCACAUAUCUUUUCCAAGAGUCCACGGUAAGACCUUGAAAGGAAUGGCACAUGCCAUCUUCUACCCGCCUCAGAACCCAGAUUAUCAGUCACCUUCUGGAGCGCUGCCACCUUUGAUCGUCUGUGUCCAUGGCGGGCCAACGUCCCAAACCGGAACCGGCCUGAAUACUACGGACCAAUACUGGACUUCUCGAGGUUACGCCGUUGUUUGGGUAAAUUAUGGAGGUAGCUCCGGAUAUGGCAGAGCAUACCGGGAUGAUUUGAAUGGGCAAUGGGGAAUUCUUGACACGGCAGAUGCUGCUAGCUGCGUGUCAUUCCUAGCAUCCACUGGCCGAAUUGACCAGAACGGAGUCGGCAUUCGCGGCCAAAGUGCGGGCGGAUACAUCGUACUACAAGCUCUGUGUGACUACGCCAAUCUCUUUGCCGGUGGCAAUUCUCUGUACGGGAUAGCCAAUGUCAAGGCUCUCUGUGAGGAUACUCAUAAGUUCGAGAGCCAUUACGCAUUCGCCUUGCUAUUUGAUCCUGAUGCGGAUGAAGCCGAGAAAACCCGCAUUUUCCGUGAACGCAGUCCCUGUUUCAAGGCAGACAAAAUCACUGCGCCGCUAUUGCUGCUUCAAGGUGACGAGGAUUUGGUCGUUCCUAUGAACCAGGCAGAGGAAAUGGUCGAAAUGAUGAAGAAGGCUGGUCGUGAUGUCAAGUUGGUGGUUUUCCAAGGAGAAGGGCAUGGAUUCCGGCAGGCGAAGAGUCGGAUAACAGCCGUGGAGGAGGAGGAGAAAUGGUGGAAGAAAGGUUUGUUGAAGAUGGAUACAGCGGAGCUUUGAGACAAUCAUGACAUUGCGGUUUUUGGCCCGGAACAUGAGUCAGCUCAUAGUUAAUGAUACAAUUCAUGAUACACUUGC